GGCAAGCGCCGUCUGGAGCGGCGCCCGCGCAUCCCCCCCGCGCUCCUCGCACAGCCCGCUCAGCACCAGCACCGGCGCCAUGGCGAAGACGAACGGACGCAUCGGCGUGGCGAUCGUUGGACUCGGACGCGCAGGCCACUUCCACAUGACCUCCAUCGCCGGCAUUCCCGAGCAGGCCCAGCUCAAAUGGGUCGUUGACGUGGACGAGUCCCGGGCCAAGAGCAUCGCCGCAGAGAAGGGUUGCAGCUGGGCGGGCUCCCUUGCGCCCGCCCUCGCGGACCCAGACGUGCAGGUGGUGAUCAUAGCGUCGACGACGGACACUCACUUCCCCUUCAUCAUGCAGUCGCUGAACGCCGACAAGUCCGUGCUCACGGAGAAGCCCAUCUCGCACGAGCUGAAGGAGGUCGAGGAGGCCGUGCAGCUGGCAACCAGUAAAAACUUGCCGCUGUAUUGCGGCUACCAGAGGCGUUGCGACAAGAACUUCCGUACGCUCAAGAGGCACGUGGAUGAUGGUUCCGUGGGCGAGCUCAAGGUGAUUAAGUGCUGCAGCCGGGACAACCCUGUGCCGCCCAUGGAGUACUUGCGCACCAGUGGAGGCAUCUUUCACGACAUGUUGAUCCACGAUUUCGACAUGCUCAAUUGGUUGAGCGGGGGCCAGGAGCCAGAGUCGGUGAUGUCCGUGGGACACGCGUACAACAGCGAGAUCGAGAAGAUGGGCGACAUCGACACCGUUGCUGUGAUGCUGAAGUACCCUAGCGGCCUCGUGGCCAUGGUGGACACUUGCCGCGACGCUACGUACGGCUACGACCAGCGCAUCGAGGCAUUCGGCGGCAAGGGAAUGUUGACGGCAAAGAACGAGCUUACCAGCACUGUUGAGUUGGCUACCUCGCGCUACAAGGAGGCUUACACCACCGAGCUCAACGAGUUCAUCACGAUGGUGCGCGCUGGACGCAGCAGCGAGCACCACCGCCUCGAGCAGGAAGCGAUGUCGCGCCAUCCAAGCAUCGUGCGUACCACGAUCGCCGCUGAGUUGUCGUGGAAGCUUGGCCGCUCGGUGGACUUGAAGGACAUGGAUGGCCUACUCGCCGACCUGGACAAGAGCAAUAAGGAUGCUGAUUCUGAGACCCGGAGUACGUGCGAUUCCAAUCUCAGCCUUUGCAUGGACGAGGGCAAGAAUAUGUUCGGAGACACGUUCCGCAACUAUCAGGAUUCGUGCCGGCAGGACGAAGUUGCCAGGACGUACAAUACUAUGCACACUAAGCAGACAGUGGAUUUUGGCCGCCAGCAGCGCGAGCGGUGGCUGAAGUUUGAAAAGGGCGAGUUCACCGUCAUGGAGAUCAUUGAGAUGUUGGACGACCUGAUCGAUGACUCCGACCCCGACGUGGACCUUCCGAACAGCAUUCACGACUUCCAGACGGCGGAGCGCAUUCGUGCCCAGUGGCCGGAGCACGACUGGUUCCACCUGGUGGGCUUGCUGCACGACCUUGGGAAGGUGAUGGCGCUGCCAAAGUUCGCCGGGGAUUGGAUGCUGGAGCAGUGGGCCGUUGUCGGCGACACCUUCCCGGUGGGCUGCGCACCCGCCGUGGACGCCAUCGUGUUCCCAGAGUCCUUCAAGCAGAACCCGGACUACGACCACCCAGUCUAUGGCACGAAGAAUGGCAUGUACCAGCCAGGGUGCGGCAUCUCCAGCCUCAUGUUCUCCUGGGGCCACGACGAGUACAUGUACCAGAUGCUCAAGUACAACGGCUGCACCAUUCCAGAGGUGGGCCUCAACAUGAUCCGGCUCCACUCGUGCUACCCAUGGCAUGACAAACGCGCGUACACGCAUUUUGAGGUCGCGGAGGACAAAGAGACCCUUCGGUGGGUGAGGGAGUUCAACAAGUUCGAUCUGUACUCCAAGGGCGAUGCUGUCCCUGACGUGCAGGCGCUGAAGCCCUACUACGAGUCUCUUCUCGUGAAGUACGGCAUCGGUGGUAAGCUCCGCUGGUGA